AUGGACGAUACUGAGUUUGUUAGAUAUCACUGUUUGGCGGAGCUUGGUUGUGGGUUUGCUGGAUAUACGUCAUACAAGAGCAUCACUGAAAAUGGCCUCGUCGAACUCAACAACUGGUUUACUCGAGGUUGUCUAAUAAGUAGUGAACAGACCGUCGACAUUAUCCUCAAGAAGAAACUCGACUUUGGCCAUGUGAUGGAUCAAGAACCACACAUUCGCUACAUUUAUAUCACUGUGUCUGAUGGUGUAAACAAAGUGAGUAUUUUCUUCGUUAGUAAGCGAUCUCUUCAUCUGCUGAGACUUAUUUAUAUCACUGUGUCUGAUGGUGUAAACAAAGUGAGUAUUUUCUUCGUUAGUAAGCGAUCUCUUCAUCUGCUGAGACUUAUUUAUAUCACUGUGUCUGAUGGUGUAAACAAAGUGACCGCAGUCUUGCGGCUAUAUAUCACGGAUGUGAAUGAUGAGGCACCCAUUUUUGAUCCCCCAUCUUACAGGGUUACCAUAAACGAGUCUCAAGCUCAGGAUGCAGAUGAUGUGUAUGAAAACACAUUCCAUAUUAAUACUUACACUGGAGAGAUCACGCUCAAAAACAAAUUGGAUUACGAGAAAAGAUCUUUUUAUCAAUUCAAAGUGCGCGCCUGGGAUACUAAUUUCAAUGAAAGCAAGGCCGUACACCACGCUAAUGAGUCCGAUCUUGUGAUAUCGAUCCGGGACGUCCAAGACUCGCCGCCGUAUUUCGUCAACCUGCCCUAUCUGGCAUCUUUCAAAGAAACUUUAACUGAAAACUCGUCAAUAUUGAAAGUGACGGCAUAUGAUGGAGAUCGUGGUAUACCGAACGAUGUUAGAUAUAGCUUCACUGGAGGCCCCCAUACAAACUUUUCAAUAAAUGAAACCACUGGCGAAAUCGCCAUCGCUAACAAACUGGAUGCAGAUGACCCGGAUGUUAGAAAGCGAGGUGGAGUGUUCAAGAUCAACGUUACUGCGACAGAGGUUCCUGCGCCCAGUGUUACCCAGGGUGGGGAGAACAAGACCACGACCGUUGUGUCGAUCACGGUUCUCGACGUGAACGACCACAAACCAACAUUCAGUGCGCGGCAGUAUAACGCCUCCGUUCAGGAAAACACACCAAAUGGCGUUCCUAUCACCCUGGAAACCGUUAUUGACGUCAUUGAUGGGGAUCAGGGAGAGAACAGUAAAUUUACAAUUUAUGUGGAAAAAGACGGAUCGCCAUACCAGGACUUUGACACCCUGCCAGACAUGAACCAGCCCGUGUUUUCUAAAACCAGCGUCAUCAUCCGCGUCAACAACAGCAACGUCCUGGAUUAUGAGAAAAACAAGACAAUCACAUUUCAGAUUGUAGCCAGGGAAAAUUCGACUGAUGAACAUUACAACAACAGUGCUACUGUGACUUUAACGAUUACGGAUGUUAACGAUAACUCUCCACAAUUCUCCAACGAGUCCGUUCACUUCAACGUGUCCGAGGACGCAGCUAACGAUACCAUCAUUGGUUCCGUCCACGCCACCGACGACGACAGCGGCGAUUACGGCACCGUCUUCUAUGAACUUGAAAACGAGUCCGGGAAUAGUCAGUUUGGUAUUUGCAAACACAACGGAAGCAUAUUCGUAAAAGCAGAACUUGACCGGGAAACAAAGGCCGACUAUUCAUUAUUCGUCGUGGCUUGGGACAACGAGAAAGGCACGGAGUCGUCUAGACGCUCUGGUCGAAAGAAGAUCAAAAUCUCCUUGCUUGACGUCAACGAUUCCCCGCCGGAAUUCUCGGCAACGAUUCCGACGACGGAAAUAGCCGAAGAUAUUCCCGUCAACACGACGGUCCUGUUCGUGAGUGCCACAGACCGCGACCUCGGCGACAACCGCAAAGUGGAAUACAGCAUCUACCCCGAUGCCGACGUGUCCAGUUGUUUUGGAAUAAACAGUACCACGGGAGAGAUAUGUGUUAAGUCACCGCUCCUCGAAAUGAUUGGAUUUAAGAAUAUAACUGUCGUUGCUACGGAUAAAGGAAGCCCUCAGUUAAAUGGUACGCAGGUGGUGCGUUUCUACAUCCGCGAUGUCAAUAUUAAUCCGCCGAAAUUCGUGCACCCUUCAUUUGAUAAUAAAACGAGAACUGCUCAAAUUGACGUUCUUGAGGAAAAGCAUAUAAAUACAACGGUAAUUACACUGAAUGCCACAGAUGCUGACCUCGGCACGAACGGGAAGGUUGUAUAUCGUAUACUGAUUGACAGUGAAAACGCAUGGUCAAGCUUCCGUUUAAAUUCAACCACAGGCGUGCUACAAAAUGCAGGAAGGUUGGAUCGGGAAACACGAAGCAACUACUUGGUACAAGCGGAAGACCUUGGUAUUCCACAGCUGGUCAGUACAAUAACACUGAAUGUGACCCUGCUCGACGUUGACGACAACGCUCCAGUAUUCAAGACAAGGCAGCUGACGUUGCACGUCGACGAAGAGAACAACACUGCUUGUGUGGGAAUGGUCAACAUCGCCACUGACGCCGAUGAAUACGAAAACCAUACAAGAAUAUGCUAUUUCAUUUACGGUGGAGAAUUUGUUGAUCAUUUCAAGCUUAACAAGACUUCCGGUGAACUCUGUCUUCAAACGAAGUUGGACCGAGAGACCAAAGACACUGUGAAUAUCGUGGUCCAAGCUCUGGCUAACUGCAGUGCUAUCGUGCCUCCGUCUGACAACUACAACAACUCUGACACGUCUCUGUUGAAGGUGGAUGUGAACGUUGACGAUGUCAAUGACCAGCCCCCUGUCUUCUCUAAGAAAGACCUAACACACGGUAUCCUGUUUGAUACGGAGCUAAUGAAGGUCAUUUAUAAUCUGCAGGACAAAGUCAGUGACGCCGACGAGGGAGAUAACUCCAUUACUUACUUCCGCCUGACGGACACGGUUCCCAGUGCCGAGAUCGGCGCGAGCAGCCUCGCGGGCAAACCUCCGUUCGUGGUGCACCAAAACGGUACGGUCCUCACCAACAUGCUGUUCUCGUCCGCCAUGCUGGGUCACUUCGUACUCAAGAUCGAGGCUUACGACAUCGGGAACCUUACAGGUGAUGGAGAACUGAAGAUUUUCAUUAUCAGCAACAUACAAAGGGUUAAGAUUGUCUUCAGGGGCAAAGUUCCUGACAAAGUCAAAGCAAUUGAGGAUGAUUUUAUAAGCGAGCUUGAAAAAGCCUUGGGAUAUAUUAUUGUCGUGGAUACAGUCGCUUCUCAUCAGAAACCAGAUAAGACGUAUGACGAUAAAAGCACUGACAUGUUCAUCCAUGCACGGUACAACACCACUGAGGGAGGGAUUGUUCCAGCCACAGAACUCUGGAGGGCAUUUGAUUUUACCCCUUCUGUGAGUUUCAUAUUCGCCAAAUACGGAGUCAGUGAAACAGCGCCAGUGGUGUAUCAGUCAACCUCUGACAACUCCACAGAAAGAAACCUGGUGACCGGUUUUGCUAUCGCGGUCAUCGGUCUGGCAAUCCUGGCGAUCGCGCUGGGCGUGGCUCUGUAUAUGAUCAGAGGAAAAUAUGUUCGACGUCUCAAAUCAUACAGUACAAUGGCUGAAGUCAAAGCACAAGAAGGAACUGCGUAUCCAGGAACAAAUGUUUAUGCGUGUAACCCGGUGUUUAACAAGUCGAUAUCUAUAGUGGAUGUAGAUACAUCUAGUAUCAAUUCUCUGGAUGACAAUGAUGUCGACCAUGGCAAGAAAACUCCAUUGGACCCUUACGCAGAACAGGAAAUGACGAUGUGCAUUUUUGGCGAAUCCUGUCCUGACGUCACAGACUCGGGCGGGUACUCCACUUUGGACGCGGUGCUACGGCGAUACGAACAAGACGAAACCGGACACAGGACGACACACAUGUCACUGUCAAAUCAGAACAAGGACGAAGACACGGACAGUGGGACAUUUAUGCCCCUGGAUGUAACCGGACUCGAGCAUUCCGAUAUAUGAUUUUGGUGCGGACCCAAGAGUGUUCUUGAUGUGCGCAUCCCUCCCCAGACUUUGAAGUGCCUAAAAAACAUCCUGUUUUAUUGGUAGUGUGAUGAAUGUAACCAUCAAAUAUAUAUAUAAUUUGGGGAGAUGUACAAAUAUUCAUAUUGUAAACAGGAAAUGCAAGAAUAUUUUAAUUUUAAUAAUUAAUAAAGAAUUUUAAAACGCAAAUGUAUGUUGAAUAGCUACAAACCAUUUGAUCUGAAUCUGAGGGUUGAUUUUGCUUGCAUACUUAGAUUUUUAUGUUACUGUCCCAAAAAUUAAACAGAAUAUCAGAGUUUGUUGCCAUUGUAACAUAUUGCCUACCAAUAGUGUCUUUUUGGUGACUAAUUUUCAUAUUGAAUACAUUGUCCUCUUUAUAAUAUCAGUGUAUGUGUAUUCA